UUCUUUUUUUUUGUUUCAUGUAGAUUUCAAAGAUUCACUACGUAGUUCCUUUUGUUUUUGGCCUUUAGUGCUGCAUACUGCAAUACUGUCACUCCUCCUUUAAGAAGAAACUAGGAAGAUAGGUGCACCAAGAUGCUGUGACGUUUGAGGUAUGCAGUGCUGUAUAUCUUCUAUGUUGCGUGUGCGUGUGCAUGAACUUCAAAGAACACCAAACAUUUACCAAGCCCUUCUAAUAUAUUUGGUUUGAGUGGUUGUGGUAGUUGAAGAAACACUACUGAUUCAUACAACCUGCUCCAUGAAAAAAUAAUCCAUAAAAAAACCAAAAAGUGCAACACGCUCAACUUUUGCCUCUUCCUCAUUCCAUGUUGUUUAUUCGGAUGAAAUGAAAUGUUUUCUCUUGAGCAAAUAGAGAAUCUGUAUACAAUAGUAACACACGGGUUCUGAAUUAAAUGGUUCUUUAAAAGCAGCAGGCUAUUGUACUGGUUAAUUGGUGAGUGUAGUGUCUAAGAGAGGAAAAUGCAUAAACCCGCAGAGGCACUAGACUUUGCUCUCAGGGAGACCUCACCCAACAUAGGGGCAGGUGCGGUAAUGAGGGACAAGCUUUCCUGCACCUAUGACCUGGUUGAACAAAUGCAGUACCUCUAUGUUAGAGUGGUGAAAGCCAAGGAUUUGCCAGGGAAAGAUGUUACUGGUGGUGUGGAUCCCUAUGUUGAAGUGAAGCUUGGAAACUACAAGGGCCUCACCAAGCACUUUGAGAAAAAGUCCAAUCCUCAGUGGAAUCAGGUUUUUGCCUUUUCCAAAGAAAGGAUUCAAGCUUCUGUUCUGGAGUUGGUGAUCAAAGACAAAGAUGUUGUUGUGGAUGACUUUGUAGGGAGAGUGAUGUUUGAUAUUAAUGAAAUCCCAAAACGUGUGCCCCCGGAUAGCCCUUUGGCUCCCCAGUGGUACAGGCUGGAAGAUAGGAGAGGUGACAAAGCCAAGGGAGAGUUAAUGUUAGCAGUUUGGAUGGGAACUCAAGCAGAUGAGGCAUUUCCUGAUGCAUGGCAUUCUGAUGCUGCAACUGUUGGUCCUGAAGCUGUUGCAAACAUAAGAUCAAAGGUUUACCUUUCACCUAAGCUUUGGUAUGUCAGAGUCAAUGUUAUUGAGGCUCAAGACUUGGUACCAAGUGACAAAACCCGGUAUCCUGAAGUCUUUGUGAAGGCUAAUCUGGGGAUCCAGUUUUUAAGAACUAGAGUAUCUCAAAGUAAGACCAUAAAUCCUAUGUGGAAUGAGGACUUGAUGUUUGUUGCUGCUGAACCAUUUGAGGAGCCCUUGGUUCUGACUGCAGAAGACAGGGUUGGACCAAACAAGGAUGAGAUCUUGGGAAGGUGUUUGAUUCCUUUACACAAUGUGCAAAGGAGGUUGGACCACAAGCCCGUGAACACAAAGUGGUUUAAUCUUGAAAAGCAUGUGGUUGUUGAGGGGGAACAGAAGAAAGAGACCAAGUUCUCAAGUAGGAUACAUUUGAGGGUUUGCUUGGAAGGUGGCUACCAUGUGUUGGAUGAAUCAACACACUAUAGUAGUGAUCUUAGGCCAACUGCAAAGCAGCUGGGCAAGGCCAGCAUUGGAAUUCUGGAAGUGGGGAUUAUAAGUGCACAAGGGUUGAUGCCAAUGAAGACAAGAGAUGGUAGAGGAACCACAGAUGCCUAUUGUGUAGCAAAGUAUGGGCAAAAGUGGAUCCGUACUAGGACAAUUGUGGAUAGUCUUGCUCCAAGGUGGAAUGAGCAAUACAUUUGGGAGGUUUUUGAUCCAUGUACUGUUAUCACAGUUGGAGUUUUUGAUAAUGGUCAUUUACAUGGGGGAGACAAAUCAGGUGGAUCAAAGGAUUCAAGAAUAGGGAAGGUGAGAAUUAGGCUAUCAACUCUUGAAGCUGAUAGGGUGUAUACAUACUCUUAUCCUCUUUUGGUACUGUACAAUUCAGGUGUGAAGAAAAUGGGAGAAGUGCAAUUGGCUGUAAGGUUCACAAGCUUAUCUUUGAUAAACAUGCUGUGUAUGUAUUCACAGCCAUUGUUGCCAAAGAUGCACUACAUUCAUCCUCUAUCUGUGAUUCAGCAAGACAGUCUCAGGCAUCAAGCAAUCCAGAUUGUGUCAAUGAGGCUGAGCCGGGCUGAGCCACCACUGAGGAAAGAGGUGGUGGAAUACAUGCUAGAUGUGGAUUCACACAUGUGGAGUAUGAGAAGGAGCAAAGCUAAUUUCUUCAGAAUUACCAAAGUCCUUGGUGGGUUGAUAGCCUUUGGAAGGUGGUUUGAUCAGAUAUGCAAUUGGAAAAACCCUCUCACAUCCAUACUCAUUCAUAUCCUUUUCAUAAUACUGGUUCUUUAUCCAGAGCUAAUACUUCCAACAAUUUUCCUUUACCUUUUUAUGGUUGGAAUUUGGAACUUCCGAUGGAGGCCAAGACACCCUCCUCAUAUGGACACAAGGCUAUCACAUGCUGAUGCUGCUCAUCCUGAUGAACUAGAUGAAGAGUUUGACACAUUCCCAACUUCACGAUCAUCGGAUAUGGUUAGGAUGAGGUACGAUCGCUUAAGAAGCAUUGCAGGGAAGGUCCAAACUGUUGUAGGUGACUUGGCCACUCAAGGAGAAAGGUUCCACAAUCUGCUUAGUUGGAGAGACACAAGGGCUACCACUCUCUUUGUUACAUUCUGUUUCAUUGCUGCAAUAGUUCUCUAUGUUACUCCCUUCCAAGUUGUGUUCCUUCUAAUUGGCUUCUAUGUGCUAAGGCACCCCAGAUUCCGCCAGAAACAUCCUUCAGUCCCAUUCAACUACUUCAAGAGGUUGCCUGCUAGAGUAGACAGCAUAUUGUAAACAUGGAUGAUCGCACUUGAUAUUUUCCAAAUCAUAAUUUGCCUUGAUCAGAUAUUUCAAGCCAGGGAAGAGACAAUUGUGCAACUUGCUCCUCUAUCACAAUGUCUCAGAUAAUGUAUUGUGAAUAGAUUUUCCUUGUAAACCUGUGAUGUUUUCAGUGUGCAAAACUAGUCAUUAUUAUUUUCAGUGAUUUGUAGUAUAUUUAAUGUGUUACUAUUGGACUGAUCUCAUUUUAUUGGAGUUGACAUAGUUAAUUAUUUCACGUAGAGGUUUUAAGUAUAAGGAACCAAAAAUGAAAAAAUGUAUAUUUCUCC